AUGCCUCGACUCGCACUGCAGCUCAAGGCGCAGUUCACCAACGUCACGGGUCUGGUGCCUGCUGAUGAGGACCACACGCUCAUGCUCAAGCUCAAGUGCACCUCGUGCCACGAAGAGCACUCCAAACUCGUCGGCAUCACGCCCAGCGACGAGCACGAAAUGACCAAGGGCGCACGCGGCUCCGCCAACCUCGUGAUGAGUUGCAAUUUCUGCAAGAAGGAGAGCUCAGCCAAAUUCGACGAGCCCACAGCAAAGAACCCACUCUGGCAGCCGGUCGAGGCGGAUGCAGAGUCCGGCGCCAACUUCCACACGCUGUGCACGCUCGACUUUCGAGGCCUCGAACCAGUCGGCUUCGAGCCCACCGGGACGUGGAAGUGCAAGGGCUCCGAGUCCAACACAGUGUUCGACAGCGUCGAGUUUGAAGACGGCGAGUGGAUGGAUUACGACGAAAAGGCCGGACAGGAAGUCAGCAUCAUGGAGCUCGAACACCGCUGGCAGCGCGUCUGA